CCUGCUGCUGUUGGAUAUCACAUGAACAUUAAACAAAACAAGGUUUUAAUCUGGACAUUGAGUAGAAAAUGCUUUAGGGUCCAAAACUAUAAUCCUUGCCACCAUAACUCUUAAUCUGAAAAUCUUCAUGGCAGUGUUCAUUAAUGUGUUGUGCAAGUCGUAACUCCCUUCCUCUUUUAACGAGUAGAUAUUAUUACAACUUUAGCAGUGUUGGAUAAAGUGUUCAUAUAAAAAAAAAAGUCCGGCAUUGGAAAUAUUGCUUACAUUAAAGUAUAUACAGUAAGUAUAAUCAGGAAAAUGCAUGUAAAGUAUGAAAAGUAAAAGUACUCCAUACAGAAAGAUGGCAGCUGUGACACCUUCACAAUGCUUGUUUUGUCCAACCAAUGGUUCAAAACUCCAAAGUGUUAGAAAUAAAAAAAAAAUGUAAAAGGAAAAGCAACAAGUCCACAUAAGAUGGAACCUUUCAAAUGUUUUUGAUGAUAAUCAAAACAGUUUCCAAUUAAUCUUUUAUCAAUUGACUGAUCGGUUCAGCUCAACCUCUAGUUCUGAUAGUUUAUAUAUUAGCUCUUCAUAUGAAUUGUAUGCAAAGUCUUGAUUCGUAAAUUAACCAGUAACUAAAGCUGUCAAAUGUUUAUAUAGUGAAACAAAGUACAAUAUUUCUCUGAAAUGUAAUGGAGUUGAAAUAGAAAGUGUAUAUGAGAAAGAGAAGGCUCAUGUGAAGUAUUAGUACCUCAGAUUUUUACAGUACAUGAGUAAAUGUACUUAGUAACAUUCCAUCACUUAACUUUAGUUACAUGAGAAAAUAAAAGGCUUAAUUUUACAGACACUUGGUGUCCACUCUGAUAAAUACUGCCUAUCCACCAACAUUAUUACACAAUAUGUGUAAUUAUCAAAACAAACUUAAACACAUUGAUUUGUUGCUUCUUUGAUUCUACGGUCUAAGUGUUAGAUGAAUGUUGUCAGUUUGUUUCAGUCAUCUGACGUGAGAGGCCUCUGCUUGUGACUGAGAUUGGACUCAGUGGCUUCACAGCUCUCAGUAUUAUCAAAGGGGUGCUUGUAUCUAUAGGCUUCAUGACAUCAUAACAUCGUCAACCACACCUUUUUCAUGAAAUCUUUUCAUUUCAAGGACUGAGACCGUAGACCGGAGCCAAACUUAGCCAGUACGAUCCUUUUAAUUAAUACUUUACACUCAUCUUUUAAAACAUGCUUGUAAUGUGGUUUCAUUUAACUUUCUGAGUUUUUGUUGUAUGUUGUCUUUGUAUUGGUUGUUUUUCAUCUGUUCCUGGUAAACAGUUUACUUUGUUGUUUGUCGAAGUUUAGACUUCAUGGAUCAAGGAAGUAAUUUGCGGCGUCCAGGAGAUGAUCAAGAACUGUCAAACCUCAUUGGCCGAGCUCUGAUGGGGCUCCGGGAUUCUGUCAUCAUGGUGAUCUCACACGCCCGUCAGAGAGCUGUACAGGGAUUUAUUCUGGUCUUUAUCGUCAUCCUACUCCUCUGGGUCGCCGCCUUUUUAUAUGGCAGCUUCUACUACUCUUACAUGCCCUUGGUGGCUUUUUCCACGCCUGUGCACUAUUACUACAGGACAGACUGUGAAUCUCCCACAUCUUUUUUGUGCUCUUACCCAGUGGCCAACAUCUCUCUGAUGAGGAAUAACAAACAUGUGCUGACAUUCGGCCAGGCCUAUCAGAUGUCUCUGCAGCUGGAGAUGCCUGAUUCUCCGACCAAUCAUGAGCUGGGGAUGUUCAUGAUCAAGACAACCUGUUUCUCUCGGGACGGAGGGCAAGUUGCCUCCUCCGCUCGCUCUGCAAGACAGCAGCUGUCCGCCUCCAGCUCUCGCUUUAGCAUGCUGCGAUACCGCUCAGACCUGCUGAGGUACGUGGGAACGGUGCUGUUCCUCCCAGCCUUUCUGACCGGAGUCGCUGAGCAGAAACAAGUGCUGGAGGUGGAGCUCUUCUCAGACUACAGGGACGACCCUUAUGUCCCCUCGAUGACGGCCGUCAUUGAGAUCCUGUCCAGCAAGGUGCAGAUCUACUCAUCUCAGCUCUAUAUUCAUGCUCACUUCAGUGGUAUGAGAUACGUAUUGUUCAACUUCCCUCUCCUAUCAGCCAUGGUGGGCGUGUUCAGUAACUUCAUCUUCCUCAGUGUCGUCUUUGUCCUCUGCUACGUGAGGCUGCUGUUGAAAGUGGAUUGGGGACCAGGGCAGCUCAGAACAGAUGGACUGCUGUCAGAUAGGGAGGAGAACACAAAGAACAACCAAGAAGAAUAUGAAAAAUAUGCUGCUGCAGGUACUGCAGAUCUGAUGUUCCCUUCAGAUGAACCCCACAAAUCUGAGCCGAGCGAGGCCAUCCACCCCAUCCUUUGAUGCCAACACAGAGGUGCAGAACAGACAGAUUCACCAUCAGAUUGAAACAAUUGAAACAGAGGCAGCUUGAGGCCAUUAAUACAGGAGCGAUUACAAGAUGUAAGGAUGAAGAUUUAAGAGAGAUUCAUGGUUGAAAAUGACUCAGAAAGCACCUACACACCGCUGCCCUGCUUUAGCUGGAGAUCUUUUUGCUCCUACAUCACGUCAUCUGUGUUUCAGUAUCAGAAUUAGGUUUGUUACCAAGUAGGUUUUCACAUGUAAGGAAUUUAAGAAAGUUCUGCAACAAUCAAGGCAUAAAUAAAAUUUAAAAUAUGACAAUAACAUGUUUCAUACUGUUUUGCUUUAAUGUUUAUGAUUUAUGGGAUUGAGUCACCUGAACCUUCAUCACUUUAUACAAAUCUUUCACUGUCAGUGUGUUUUUAUUACUUUGCACUUCAUAGCUGUAAUCUGGUAUUCACCAAAUCUGUUUAACAGUAAAUAAAUACAUAUAUUAUUAAAUAAAUAAGCAUAUGAAUAAAUACAGACAAAAUAUGUCAGGUAACCAUGAAACUUUCUUCAUCCCAUCAGUUUUUAUUUCAAAAACUGUUUUCUUUCAGCUGUGAAAAGUAAGAUUAUGGAGCUGUUUCUUUUGCAGGUUAUUACCAUGCUAUUAAAAUGCUUAAAACCUAUAUGUUAGAAUUUUCUUCCAAAUAUGAUUUAAGUAUGUAAGGUGUGUGUCUCUUUCUAUUACACAAAAAGAUCUGAAAUUCAUUUAAUAUUAAGCCAGCGUGUGUAGUACUUUCUGUUAA